AAAGACUGCGCUUGAAGCCUUGACACGAACCGUGGCCUGCCAUGGCAGGCCCGCGGGAAGUGUACGUGGGAUGACCCUUCGCCGCUUACCUUCGCCUGGCCAUGACCCAAGACAAGAGUCUAUACCUGGGAAAGCUUGAUUGACACCAGAGACGUAGCCCAGUGGCAAAGAUGAUACGGACUCGGUGCUCGCGGGCAGCCAGGACCUUCACCAGGACCAAGGCCAGGACCAUCGCCAAGACCCUUGCCAGGACCCGAGCUUCACAACCCCAGUCUUCACGAACCCGAGCCCACGCGCCGCCACAGUAUCUGCUUGUCAGAUGUGCCCAAGCACCCUACUGAAAGGUGACUCCCGCAGGGCUCGGUGCAGGAGAAUGCAUGGAAAUGCAUGGAAAUGUGCGACCAAACAACACUGUGACAAUGAGCGGUGAAUACAACAAGUUUCGCCAAGUUACAUAUUGUUAUGCAGACGAGUGUGUCAACCUAUCAAGCGAAAAUGCAGCUCGCAGCUCGCCAGGCCCCGUCUUCUCUGCGUUCGGCUCGGCCGAGCAGCCGGACAAUUUUUGGGGCACCCGCGCUGCGUCGUUCUCUGGUGGUUCGCGCUGAGCAGCUACCUUCCCAGGUGUCAGAGACCGAGACGCAGGCCUCCGCCAGCCCUGCCUCCACCUCCGCCCCUGCCCCUCCCCCUGCCGCCGGCGGCAACAAUGCCGGCCUCGCUCUGGGGGCGGUGGCGGCGGCGGUGGUGCUCUUCGCCGUGACGCGGCUGGGCGGCGGUGGCGGCGCGCCCACGCUGGCCACACUGGAGUCGCUGUCCACGCCACUGGAGGUGGCGCUGGUGAACGGGCGGCCCACGCUGGUGGAGUUCUACGCCAACUGGUGCGAGGUGUGCCGCGAGCUGGUGCCGCAGGAGUACGAGCUGGAGAAGCAGUACGGCGGCAAGGUCAACUUUGUGAUGCUCAACAUCGAGAACUCCAAGUGGGCGCCCGAGGCCGCCGAGUUCGGCGUGCGCGGCAUCCCGCACUUUGUGUUCUUCGACAAGACCGGCGAGCCGCAGGCGGCGGCGGUGGGCCGCGUGCCCAAGCAGGUCGUGGAGGACAACCUGCAGGCGCUGCUGCAGGACGCGCCGCUGCCGUACUCGGGUGCUCAGGGGCGCGCCUCCGCCGCCGCCGCGCCCGACGUCAUGGCCGGGCCCAGCCGCAGCGCCGCCAUGCCCCGCGACCACGCGUAAUGCGGCGGCAAGCGGUGCAGCGGGAUGCAGCGAUGAAGCGGGAGGGAUUGCAAGAAGCCAUGCGGGAAGCGAUGCGGGAAUUGGCUGGAAGACAGCCGGGAGGUUGAUGGCGGAUGCUUGGUCUAGUAGGCACGGCGAGUUUGUCAAGUUUGGUGGGCUCUCAGAACCUUGGUGUUUCGUGAGGUGUCACCGUGGGCGAGACGGGACACGGAUGCCAACGGCAACAACCGCUGCAAGUGGGCAGCGUGGGCUGCAUACCUUUUCUUCAGGUUGGUGUUGAAGAAGAAAACACUUGGAAGCAAAGCGGACCGCUGUGCGCAGAGUGCAGGCAGGAGAGCCAGGGUUCGGACGGGGGCGUGUGGACUUGGAGGGGUAGACAGUGCCCGCUGGCAUUUAGAGGCGUGGGCGCUGCAGGCGACCCUCUCGGCGUCCAGGUGAAAGAGUGCCGGCACGUGUUGUGAGAUGAUGUAGCAGGUUGGAGGCGGCGGCGGCGCGUAAGAGCGGGCGAAGUUGGGGUGUGGCUGCGUGCUGAGAGUCGUGAUGUCCGAAACGACGUCAGUUUUGAAAUUGUCUUGGGUGACUGAUGUGUGCGAAUGCGUUUAGCCUCGACACGAGCGGGCAGUGGCAGUGAGGUUCUGGGCGGGGUGCAACGUCCCUGCUCGUAAUAGAGACAGAGGAAGGGAGCGCGGCAACGUCGUGUGGGCGCCCGGUGCCUUGGUCGGCGAGGGCAUUUGUGCCUGUGGGCACGCUGGCUGUAGCAGGAUGGCGGGCUGUGGCGUUUAAUGGCACAAACAGGCGAAAAUAUUGCAUGUCACGCGUGUGUGUGUGUGUGUGUGUGUGUGUGUGUGUGUGUGUGUGUGUGUGUGUGUGUGUGUGUGUGUGUGUGUGUGUGUGUGUGUGUGUGUGACUACGGUUUCCACGGUUAUUCUGCCAGAUCACGUGAAUCGUGUAUCUGGUAUAACCAACGAUAGGGCUCUCAAUCGAGGGCUGCCGUGACCUGGCGUUUCCCCGGCAGAGUGCAGACAGCUCUGGAGUCCACAGGGUAACGCACUCUUACCCUUCACCGCGCCAGUAAUCCUUGCGGAACUACUGCCGGUGUAACAACCUCAGACC